AUGAUGUCGAAUUCCCAUCAAUUCUAUGACCUCCCCGUGGAGCUCUGGCGUGCAAUAUUAUCAUAUCUACGUAAUCGCGAUAUCAAAACUCUCCGCCUUGUGUCUAAACAAUGUUGCGAUUCGGUGGAGCUCAGACUGCAGCGAGCGUGUUUGUCGGCGAAUCCCUUGAACAUCAAGGUCUUCCGCGCGAUCGCAGAUCACGAGAAAUUCCGACAUAAGAUUACAGAGAUCAUUUGGGAUGAUGCGCGAUUUGCCAGGGGCCCUGGGGGAGAUAUCGAUUCUGCGCGCGGGAUAUACCUGCCAAACUCGGAUGUAAGUGAUAACGAGACGGAGGAGUCGUUCGAAUCGAGACGACGUCGCGGUGAACUUGAGGGCUACGGCGGGCCGCCAGACUGGGAAUCUUACGAGAGCGACUUCGACUAUGGUGACAGGGAAGACGACGAGGAUGGCGAUCCUGUCUAUCAAUUGAGGAACAGUGAAAAUUUCCACGGGCAAAAUUGUCCACUCUGGUUCAAGACCGCAUGUGUUGCAAAUAUUGAAGAUAUUUUCUUUCGGCGACGCAAGCUCAACAUGACGGAGUCUUGGCAUCAGAAAUUCAAAAAUGAGAAACAGCUAGGUUCGGCUGGACUCUCAAUGAACGAGUGUUGGGCGAUUUACCGGGGGUUGCUCCGCAAACAAGCCGAUGUUUUAGCUGGAAACUACGACGAGGAGGCGUUUCUCUACGGACUUGAACGGUUCUCUGCACUGAAAAGAGUGACCGUUACGCCCGCAGCCCACGGUGUCCCGUUUACUCCAUUAUACCAAACUCCUAUGAUUCGAGCAUUCCCGCAAGGAUUCAACUAUCCCAUCCCCCGCGGAUGGCCAACCUCAACCACCGAAGAGCCGGAGGAUGUGAUCGCAUUUCCCUGGCAAAGAGUCGAUGAAAGGCACAGAGAGAAGUACCACGCAUUCCGCAUUACAACGCGCGCCCUUGCACAACGGAAACACAAUGUGGUGGAACUGGCUCUAGAUGCUCGACAACUCUUCACAGGGAUCAACUGCACGAUAUUCGAUGAGCCUUGCGUGGAAUACAACCAUUUUCUGACAGUCUUGAAGAAACCAGGGUUUCGUCGCCUAGAUCUCCCUCUAAUGUUUGGCGGAAGAGGACCCACGGAGAACUGGAAGACCUUCCGCAACGGAAGGCUUCGCGAAACACUAAGCAGCAUGACCGACUUGGAGGAGUUCACCUUCUACUCGGCAGGAUUGAAUGGUUAUCUCGAGUGGAAACAGCCACCGAUUAACACCGUCCCUGUGUCGUUAGAGAGCAUAUUCCCUAUCGAGAAGUGGUCCAAGCUUCGUCAUUUUGCAUUAUCGCGUUUCAUAGUUAGCCAGGCUGAUCUUAUCACAUUCCUUUCGAAAUUACCUGACACGCUUCGGUCUGUGAAAUUGAGCUUUCUGGUAUUCGUUGACAAUGGCAACGUUUGGCAUACUUUCCUUGCAGAAUUGCGCACAAGGAUCCGGGAAAAGAGUCUUUGGCCAGGUCGUCGACCAAACGUUGUUAUCGGCACUGAGGGAGGUUUUUUUCCUCUUGGAGGUGCUGUUUGGUUCGGAAAGGCGGUGGACGAUUUCUUAUACGAGGGCGGGGAGAAUCCCUUCUAUGACCCUCCUCGUAACAUAGGGAAAAAGGGACUCGGAACAACCAAGGAUGCAUUUGAUCCUUAUGUUUAG